GUGGGUUGCAACAUCAGUUUAAUUCAAGGCAAUUUCCAUAAAUUUAUGUUUUUUUAAGUUACUGUGUGUUUUUAUGUGUUUUAUUUACAUUUAUUAUUUAAAAAGUUAAAUAUAGUUUGCGACAUUCCGGCCAGGACUCGAUAUGUCGUCCAGUAAUACUACGGCAUCUAAAUUACAAAAAUCUUCCCCCUCUGCCAGCAAUUCACAAAGUUUACCCCGUUUGACCACUAAUUGUGCGGGUUGCCUCAAUGAGUUGUUAACGUCUAGCGAAGAGGAAUGUGUUGUAGCUUUGGGCCAAGAAUGGCAUGCCGAUUGCUUUCGCUGUUCGGUGUGCGAUCAUCAUUUGCACAAUUGGUAUUUCGAAAAGGAUGGUUUGCUCUUCUGCCGCGACGACUAUUACCAGCGUUUCGGUGAGGCUUGCCAACAGUGUAGUGAUGUUAUUUCGGGGCCCGUUAUGGUGGCGGGAGAUCAUAAAUUUCAUCCCGAAUGUUUUGGUUGCACACAAUGCUCUUCAUUUAUUGGCUAUGGUGAGGCAUUUGCUUUAUUGGAACGUUCUAAGUUGUAUUGCGAUGUCUGCUAUAGGAAACUGUUAAAUACAGAAACAAGUUCUGUAGAUGGCAUUAUUAAGCCAUUACAUUCUAUACGUUUGGUGGAAAUACCCAAGGAUAUUACCACUAGUUUAAGAUUAUCGGUGGAUAAUAUUGAUGGCGCCCCGCGUAAUGCCACCGCUGGUCAUCAUUUGAGCGGCGACAAUUGGAAUUCGUAUUUGUAUAAUAAUGCCUCUUCAUCGUCCUCAUCACAUUUAGAUUAUAUGAGUGGCAAGGGCCUGUUGGCCGGCAGCUCAAGUGAUUUGUGUCCAGCUAUACGUAUAUCUGAAUUCAUUUGUAGAGUGUAUGGACGUGUUGGCAAAUACGUUUUCUCCCUAAUAACCUCGAUAAUCGAUCAGUGUUGUGGUUCUUAUAGAAUUGAUGUUAAUCUUACUAACCUUCAUGUGGGCGAUCGUAUAUUGGAAGUGAAUGGCACACCGAUUAGUGAUAAUUCCAUAGAACAAAUUGAUAAAAUGAUUAGAAGCACCGAAAUACUACAGCUGACAGUGGAACACGAUCCCAUACAAGUGUGUCGCAGUUGCAGUCAUGUGGAUAUUAAAAAAGUAACCAGUGAAGUGUCGCUGCCUUUGGCCACCUCGGCCUCCAGUGUGGAGGUAUUUGGCAGAACCUAUGACAGUGGUGGCAGUUGUACUACCACCACCAACACCAGCCCUACCCAGCCCAAGGAUGGCUCGCCCACACGUUUAACCAAACAGGACAAGGAACGCAUAUACAAGCGCAAUGAUGAAGGUUACAUAAGUGGCACCAAGACUCGACAAUUAAGAAAAUCCAAAAAUCUCAAUAUGAUAGCCGAUCAGGAACGGGCCAGCAAAAACGCCUGCAUUAACAAUAAUAACAACAGCCACGAUAAGAACAAUUCCACCUCCAAGUCAUUUAGAGGCAAAGAAAGAUGUUCCAGCAUGUCGAAACUAAUGGGAGACCAGCAUACAGCUCAAACCGAUCGUAUGUACGACUUAACGCGCACCACUUCUUUCCGUGUAGAACAAAAACCCCCACGGGUAUUUCGCCCUCACGAUCUUGUUAUAGGUGAGCUCUUGGGUAAAGGCUUCUUUGGCCAGGUCUUCAAGGUUACCCAUCGCCUUACCAAGGAGGUAAUGGUGUUAAAGGAACUGCAUCGUGUGGAGGAAACUGCCCAGCUGAAUUUCCUUAAAGAAGUGGCCGUUCUAAAGUCGUUGCAUCAUAAAAAUGUGUUAAAAUUCAUAGGGGUCUUGUACAAAGAGAAACGUUUGCAUUUGGUCACCGAAUAUGUGGCUGGUGGUUCUCUCAAAGAACUACUGCAUGACUCUGGUUUGCCACUCACCUGGCCCGAACGUAUAUCCUUUGCCAAGGAUAUUGCCUGUGGCAUGAGCUAUUUACAUUCGAAAAAUAUCAUACAUCGCGAUUUGAAUUCUUUGAAUUGUUUGGUCAAAGAAGAUAAGACCAUAAUAGUGGCUGAUUUUGGUUUGGCCAGAAUAAUAAAUACCUCCUUAAGCAGCAGAUGUAGUGAGAAAUGGAAUUCGGCGGAAAGAUCUAAUUCCCGGGAAGGUACAGGCAGUGCAAAUCAGGAGCAAACGGAAGGUGUUAGUAAUAACAAUAAUAAUAAUAAUAAUAAUGGCACCUUGGGACGCAGCAAAAGUAGACAGCGUAGACAACGUUAUACCGUGGUGGGUAAUCCCUAUUGGAUGGCUCCCGAAAUGAUGAAGGGUUUUAUUUAUGAUGAAAAGGUCGAUAUAUUUUCGUUUGGCAUAAUGUUGUGUGAGAUUAUUGGUCGCGUGCAAGCCGAUCCUGAUUUUCUGCCACGUACCCAUGAUUUUGGCUUAAAUCAAAAAGUAUUUCGCGAAAAGUUUUGCUAUCAAUGUCCGGAGCCAUUUUAUAAAAUUGCUUUUUUGUGCUGUGAUUUAAAUCCGGAUAGAAGGCCCUCCUUUGAAAUCUUGGAAGUUUGGCUGGAUAGCUUACAAACGCACAUUGCUUCCAAUCAACCAGUACCUCAGGAAUUGCUGUACGACAUUGAGAACUAUCAGGGCGGCAGCAUCAGUUCAACGCCAGUUGAUAUUUUAACACCCAAAUCCAAUCUAAGUCGUGAUAACUUAGACGAACUGGGCAAUUCAAGUCAUUCACUGAUCCUAGCCGGUAUUACAAAUAUUGAAGAGAAGGAGGCAGUGGAUGAACAGCCUGAACAAACAGAGGAAAAAGUAGAAUCAUAUUCCCUACCAGAUGGCAUACCAAAAUCACCACAUUUGGGUAAAGAUUUUUCGCCCUCUGGCGAACGCAUACACAAUAGCAUGCGAGCCAGGAGAAGACAAAGAUUUUUGCAGGCUCAAAAUGCCAGCAGUCAACAAAAUGAAGAUGAUCGUACGGAUCAGGUAUUAAAUGCGGUAAAGGAUAGUCUGCAACAGGACACCGCACGCACGAGUCGCCGCAAAGUGGACAGAGGUUUUGUGUUGGAUAUUAGUCGUAGCGGUGUCUUGAACAUUAAUAAUGUUAGGGAUCUUAAUAAUUUGUCUGAUUUCGAUUCGAGUUGUGAUACCAGUCUCAAUUAUCAUGAAGUCAAUACCAUGGAAGAGGCCAAUACAAAUGAUGUUAACACAAACACUACAGACCCAAAAGACAGCUGUUUAAACACCAUACAAGAAUCAGAUGAUCAUGUGGAUGGUGGACGUAAUAAAAACGCUACACUAAAUCAUUCGACACCUUCCAUUAACAUUACCGCACACGAAGAAGAAGAAGACACCCAACAAGCCCUCGACUCGUUACACAAUGUCAAACGUAAUCUUGCCGAAAAAUCGUACAAAAGUGCCCUCGAUGAUAUACGCACAAGACUGAAUUUAUGCAAAACAAAAUUCGACACCAUAGAAGAGGCCAAUCGUAAAAACUACAAUCAAUCUCAGAACUCAAUGAAAUCAUUUUUCAAAGUACAAAGCACCGAUGAUGUAUAUAAAGCACCGCCCGAUACCUACAAAAUGUUUGGUACUCUCAAAUCUACAAAUACCUCAGCGAACGACAAGGACGACGUGAAGAAAACCUAUCGGGUCAAUCAGACACCCGUAUUUGGUCGCAAGUCACAGGCAGCCGUCACAGAAAUCUAUAAACCUCAUUCCGAUUCAUUGGAGAACUUGGAUAAAAUCGGUUUGUCUGUGGUAAAUAGUAAAACGGAUAAAAAAGAUUUUCUAAGUCCGCCCAAGAGAGCUAAACUGCCAAAGGAAAGAACUUUUAAGAGCUAUAUAACUUCUUUGGAAGUGACACCCACGGAGACGACAGUAGAACAAUUGCCUACGAAAAAGGAGAAUAGCAGCAGCAGUGGCAAAAUGAAAGUUAGCUCAAAUUUGUUGGGUCUAAGGAAGACUUUGAAUUUUAACUCACCCAGCAGAAAUGAAGAAACGAAAUCAUUUAGUCGCCGCACAUUAUCACCCACCAAAUCGAGUGAAGCUAAACGGGUGGUUAAGCAGGAAACACCAACAACUUCACGUCUACGCAGCGUUGCAACUUCACCAACCAAACCUCUCAACUCACCCUCAUCCAACAGCACCCGCCUGACAAUAUUAAGUCCCGAAAAGAUCCAUCGUCUAAAUGCCAAAUUAAAUGAUCAGAAGAAAUCAACAAAAACACCCGCCGCCACAGCUAACACUUCAAAAACAAACACUAAUGAUAUUAAAAAUCUACAAAAUUCUCCCACAAACAAUACAACAAGCCAUUCCAUUAGAGGAACCACAGAGAAUGAACGAACCAAACGAAAUGCAACAUCAAGAUCCCAAUUUUAUACUAGAUAUUAAGAAAGACAACAAAAAAACACAUUCCCUCCCUAACAAGAAUCUCAUUUUUCGAAAAAAAAAAAAAAUAUAAACGAACGAUUACGAAUGUAAACAAAUAUUAACGAUUUGAAAAAGUUACCCCUUAAAAAUUUGCUCAAAAGUUACCAACAAAUUUGUAUUAUAAUAAAUAAAUAAAUAAAUUAACUAAAGAAACAAUUUAUACGUUUCAAGUGCCUGAGAAAUACAUCAUUUAGCAAUAAAUCAUAUUUAACAAUUCUUAUUAUACACAAAAACAAAUAUAUACUUAUACUAUAAUAUUUCUCUCUGCGGACCCCAGUUAAUUACAAACAAAAAAGAAACAUAUUUUUAUACAAUGUUGUAGUGCCAUUAAUUUAAAAGCUUAAUUAAGUUAAUUUAAAAUUAUUUUAUUUCUUAUUAAGUUUAAAGAAAGAAAAAAUAACAAGAUUUAACAGUAUUUUCUUUUGUUCUAUUAAAGGAUUUAUUGUCCUUCUAUAAUUUUUUUUAUUAAUAACUAAUUUGCUCAUGUUUCCAGAAAAGACAACCUCAAAAAAAAAGACAAAAUUUUAAUUUCUCUAAUUAUUUACUACAUCUUCUUCUGUUUGUUUUGGUUUAAUAAUAACUUCUUUUUCAUUUUGAUUUAAACUAAAACUAGUAUUAACUGUUUAAAUAAUAUGAUGUCUGUAAGUUGAAAGAAAACUGUAACUCUUAAUUAAUUGUUAUCUUGUGUUUUAAGUCUUGUUUGGAUAUUAAGAAAAAUGUUUAAAGUAUUUAUAAAUAAAUAACACUUGUAUUUUUAUGCAGACAACUUUUUUUAUACAUAAAUAUUUAUACAUACAUACAAUUAAUUUGUUUUUAAGUCAUGACAAACAACCAGAAAAUUGCGUAUAAUAUUAAUAAUAUACCUAUCUACUCGUAAUAAAACUAAACAGCAGAAAAUUGUUCUUUAGAAAAACGCGCAAAGAAAUAA